AUGGCUACAGAAGUGAGGACCCAAUUGGCAGAGCAUCCACUGACGAGGCCAAGGGCUGAGCCAAAACCCGAGAAGAAGCCAGGGUGCAGGCCAAGGAGCCACGCGGACGGCGGGCCACAGAAAGAACUGAUGAUCCCAGGGAUUGUGGAUUUCAAGCUGAUCCGAGAGGCACUGAGGACCUCCAAGCCCCAAACUCCCGGUGCCCACCGCUUCGGCCACCUCAGCCAUCACUCCUCCCGGCACCACCCCCGUCCCCAGCACGUGACCCACAUCCAAGAUCUCACCGGGAAGCCUGUCUGUGUUGUCAGGGACGAGUUCUCUCUGGCCGCCUCACCUCAAGCCACACUCUUACCCCGCUCUCUGAUCGGGAUGCCCACCAUCUCGGUCCCCGUUGGAGACCCGCAGUCCAAUCGGAAUCCCUGGCUUUCUUCUGAGGCCCGGAGGAAGGAGCUGAAAGACCUGGCUUCCCGGGCGGCCAUCUUCACCAAGGAAAAUGAGCUGAAGAGCAAGGAGAAGGAGGAGCCUCAGCGGGAGAAGGGGGCAAAGUACUCAGCAGAGACUGGUAGGCUCAUCCCUGCUUCCACCCGGGCCACGGCCCGCCGCCACUCCCGCCAGGGCGUACGAAACCACCCUGCGAGCACAGAUGGAAGAGGCCAGACCUUCAUCCUACAGGAUCAGGAGUUGCUGAUCCUGGAGCUGCUUUCUCAAAUCCUGCAAACAGACUCCUUGAAUGCUAUCCAGUUCUGGCUACUCUACGCGCCCCCCAAGGAGAAAGACAUGGCACUAGGCCUCCUGCAGACAGCAGUGGCUCAGCUCCUUCCCCAGGCCCUAGUCUCCAUCCCAGCAGAAAAACUCCUGAACCAGCUCCAGGAAAUUCAAGAACCACUUCAAGAGAGGCAACAGCUACCCUACAGCCAAUCCCUGAAGAAGACGAAGACACCACCUCUAUCAAAAAGCGAAAAACCAGAGAACCCUGGGAAAGCACAAGUUCUUUGCGUGCACUCCAGCCAGAACCCAGAAGAGAAGGCGGCAAAGCCAAAGGUAGAGGGUUGA